UGCACUCCUCACUUCUCGCAGGCCCAUCCAGCACCAAGGUCGCCCGGUCCCUCCCGUAUAAAAGGCCGGGCAGCCAGUUCUUCAGCGUUAAUCUUCGACAAGCGGGCAAGGCACUGGCACGAUGCGCUCCCUUGUGAUUGUGAGUGUAGUACUUGGCGUGGCCUUCGGCGCCCAAGUUUUCCCUCGCGACACCCCAGAGGUGGAGGCAGCCCGCAAUGCCUUCAUCGCUGAGUACAACCGCCUGGCCAGGCUGGCGGCGCUGGCACCUGACAUCCACAUCUACCACCGCGACCGCGUGAUGGACCCCGUCACCAAUGUUCCUCAGGCCAUCAACCCCCCGACCUUCAACGCCUUCUCCUUCUCCGCCAAUCUGGGCACCAACGAGCAUUUUGUGCCUGGCCCCAACAUCUUCCCGGGCGCCACACACAUGGCAGGACACCUGGCCGGACACCAGGCCGCGCCCACCCAUAAGCCUGUGCUCAAGCACGCCCCUCGCCCAAUGGUCACCGCUGCCCCCCACCGCUUCACUGCCGUCAGUCAGACGCCCCUGUUCGAUCUCGCUGCCGAGGAGCCAAUAAUGCGCUGGACGGGGCCUUUUGCUGACGAGGUGCCUGCCGGUCUUAGCGGACACGUGAGUGAGACACCCAGUGUUGUCGCCGCCAAGGCCGCCCAUUUCCGAGCCCAUGCCGAUUACUGGAACCAGGCGAACAGGAACACUGCCACCCAGCGAUGAGGAGGCCAGCAGUAGCAGCCCCAACCGACCCUUCAGGAGCCCCGGGGAGGCCCACGCAGUCCCCGGCCCGUGCCAAAGAUGACCCUUGUAGCCACGUCGCCAUCGCAUUCUUAAAACUUCGUGGCCCCGCGUCACACUUUUCUUUCCUUCCCAACUUUUCUCAUCACUCCUGAAUCAGUAUUUUCUAAGUUCAGAUCGCCUCUAUGUUGACUUACAGAGUAUAUUGUAACGUUUACAUGUAGCGUCAUGUUUUCUGUGUAUGUAUGUAUGUAUAUUUGUGGUAAGAAUAAAAUCCGUCGACGGUCAUGUAAAAA